UAAUUUUAAUGAGUGCGAUGUCAGGUUAUAAUAUAAUAAUAAUAAUCUAUAGGUAGAAAUGUGAUCUCUUGUCCUGUUUGCUAAACUUGUGAUACAUUUCCUUUUUGUUUCUUCUGCUCUUCUGGAAGAGACCUGACAUUUUCUGAUCCUGUUUUUGUCUGUCUCAAGUAUUAGCAUUAUGCAUACACUGUAUGAUGAAUGAGAUAUGUCACGUGACUUGUCUGGGUUAUCUUGCCCCAUAAAGUUUGAUCGUCUCUGGCUUGUUUUUGCCUUGAAAUGAUGCACAGGCAUUAAUUAUCAUACAAGUGACUUGUUCAAUGAAUUCUUUGGAAGUUUGAGGGCGAGGAUAGAAUUGAAUUCUAUUUUAGCGGUGGGCGGCCGGCGGCAGAAGUAGCUCAGCAACAACUUACUAAAACACAUGAUCAGUUUCAUCCAAUCAGAGGUAACACAUCCACCUUCUGACAAUACAAGAGAAGCAGCUAAUCGACAAUAUCUUGUUGCUUGCAUGCAUCAACUGGCAUCAUACGUCUAUGACACCAAAGCAGCAACAGCAAAGGGAACUGUUGUCUAUACAUAAACGGGUGCUCGAACUUAGGUGGCAUGUUGAAUAUUGUGAACACUACAAGUAGUCUCGCGUAGCCAGACCUCUUUCCGCCACGUCAUACUUCUGGACACGGCGGAAAGGGAUCUGGCUAGCUACGCAAGACUACACUACAAGGUGGUGGCAGCAUGCACCGCUGGACUCAGCAACGAUAUUAUGAACCAGCCUUAGUACAUACUGAUUUGUAUAUGGUGGCACAGUGGCUAGUGUGUAUUAAUCAAUCUGCCAUAGUCUCAUUAUCUGAGGAUAAAAUUUGAUUGGAGAUUUUGUAAUUUGACUGUUUGGCAAAAUGUUUAUCCUGAAAUGGCUUUCCAUUAGGCUGCUAUCAAUCGCUAGCUUUACGUUGUUGUUCAGUCUGUUCACUUUGGCUUUUGUUGUUCAGCUUCUUGCUGCCAGACGAAGAAUAAGUAUUGGUUGUACACGAGAGUGCCUGUUAGUUCAGGAAUGCUCAGGACAACCACGUUUUCACUGCAAGCUGUGCUUGAAGGAAAAAGCUGUUCGAGUCAAGUUCCUUAUGCUUUGGUGUAUCCAGUGUUCCGUUUGCAAAGCAAAUCAAGCCUCCCCUCAUUGGUGGAAUCAUAGCAAAAGCAGUGAAGUGAAUUUAAUAUCAAUUUUAAUAUCAAGUAGAAAGAACCGAAAUAUAAGACAAGCAACAAUGUCGACACGUACUGUUGUUGCUGAUUCUUAUCUAACUAGCAAUUCUGCAGUUGACAAGACAGGUAAUAAUGGAGACAGGUUUGCUGGUGGUGACUUUGGUCGUCAGAGUAGUUCCACUUGGACGACUGCGGUAGCAGUAGUUUGUCCAGCAUUGGCAGUGAUCACUGUAGUUGUUGUCUGGUUUUUACGAAAGUCGAUAAGAGCAAGAGAACGACAGGCCAAUGCAGUACGGGAUGAGAUGAUUCCUCUCACCGAAGAUCAGUUAGAUGACGAAACCAAUCAACCAUCACAACAACACAAUUCCAGUGCAAAUCAAGCUCCUUGGUUUACCGAGGCUCUUCAAAGUGGCCAUGCCAUGACUGGCAAAGCGAUUACGCUUAGAUGUGAAGUCGAGGGCUCUCAACCGCUUGUCAUUGAAUGGAGGAAAGACGGCAAGGAGUUGAGAUCGAUGCAGAACCAUGCUAUUUGUAUUGAGGGAACAAAGUUGACUAUAAGUAGUAUGACACCCGAACUGGGGGGACAAUAUCUAUGUAUUGCAACGAAUAAAUAUGGUCAGGCAAUCACUCGUUCUACGAUUGCUGUAAGAGGUACUUUUGAUGAAGCAAACAGCAAUGAAGAUAUUCCUUUUGCGAAGAAAACUAUAAACAGUCAGUUAAUGGUAUCAAAUCCUCAAGACAUAGGCACUGCAACUGCCGAUGCCAGUGUCUACUUCAAUGACGAUAUACAAUUUGAACUAGAAAGUAAAUAUCCAGGAGGGAAUGUGAGGAUCGGUCCUGUGGUGGAAGAAGACGAAUCGAUACGAGAAUACAGAGAGAGAAUGGCAUUGCAUACGAGUCAGUAUGGCGAUUCGUAUCUGAAAGCUUACCAGGAGGAGAAACGAAUGGCGUUUGCUAGACAAAUGGAGGAGUACGGCUACACUCGUAGCACUAUCAGCCGGCUGUCUGGUAAAGAAAGCGGUGAUGAAGAAAUGAGUAAUGAAGAUCUCGAUCCCACUGUAGAGAAGUAAAACUCUCAGGUAGUCCUCAACUCAUGAUCAUAUCAAUGUUAGAUGUAAGUGUAGAGUCAUAGUUACGCAAAGGUUUUUGCAAAUUAUAUAUACUAGUGGAUAAUGUUGAUAUUAUUUUUCCAAUACAUUAUUGUGGUUUGCACUGACAGCAA